AUGAAAGCCAUCGAAGACUAUGAAGAGAUAUCAUAUCUUCCAGAUUAUCCUCUGGAUAAAAUUAGAAUGGACGAAGUGAUACAACAGUGGAAAAAGUUUAAGUGUAAGAGAGCUAUUGAUAGUGCAGGAACAGCUGCUCUACUUUUUAAAAAUUUACCAACUGAAUAUCUAAAUGUUAUUACCGUUCUUUUUGACAAAUGUGCAAAAAAGGGUUUGUGUCUGAAAGAAAGUAAAUAUGCGAAGGUAAUAUGUUUGUCCAAAGAUGGACUUUACCCAAAAGAAAAUAGAUUAAGACCUAUAUCAUUACUUCCCAAUCUUGGAAAAUGGAUGGAGCGAAUUGUUCAUGAUCGUUUGAUAAAAUGGUGUGAUGCAAAAGGAAUUCAUGUUGAUGAGCAGUCUGGGUUUACACCGGAAAGAAGGCUUCAAACUAGAAUAAUCUCAAUGUGUGACGAUCUAAGAUUAACAAUUACAGCUCCUAACCGCCCUGCUCUUAUACUUUUUGUUGACUUUAUGAGCGCAUUUGAUCGUGUAUGGUACCCUGCACUUAUACACAACUUGAAGGAACUAGGGCUUCCGUCGCAAUUGCUGAGAUGGAUCUAUAACUGGUUACAAGAUAGAUCUAUGUCAGUGUAUUUUGGUGAUGCGGUAUCUAGAAAAGUUAAAAUUUCUGUCGGAGCACCGCAAGGUUCUAUAUUAGCUGCUACGCUAUUUCGUUUGCAUGUAUAUUUUCUGCCAAAAUAUUUUGCCCAGUUUACCAUGCAUCUCUUUGCGGAUGAUCUUGCCAUUAUCAUCUAUGGGGCCUUAGAAAAAAGGUUUUCGGAUAAUACCAUCCAAUUAGAAAUGCAAGCUAAAAUUGCAUUAGAAAUAUUAGAGAAAUUUGCUGACAAUAUGAUCUUACCAGUAAAUGUUUCAAAAACGAAAGCCAUGCUCGUUCAUAAUGUGGUCGCACCUCAGCUACCAGUAGUUGAAUAUAAAAGAAUUGUUAUAGAAUUUGUGUUAAUAUUUAAAUAUUUGGGAAUAGAAAUUCGAGCUAAAUUGGGAUGGGGAAUCUAUAUUCAAAACAGAGUUGCAAUAAUUAGAAAUGUGUAUGCCGCAUUACAACCAGGUCGCCGACGUGCUAAAGAACAUCAACAUCAUAUAAAAAUAUCACUCAAUGAAUAUAAUUAUUUAAAAUCAAUUGGAAUAAGAUCGCAACAUACAUCACAAAUGGCUUUUUUUACAAAUUUAAAAAUUGUUGAAAAUUUAGUUUUUGGAAAAUAUAAAGACAAAGUGUGUUAUGUUUCUGAUUUUGAAUGUAAAGUCAAAAAAAGCAAUUCCGUUAAGUGUGAAACAGAAAAUGGUAAUCAGUUCAAAGUUACUGGGCACUACUUAUUGCACAUGAAAAUACUUCGUGCAGAAAGAAGCUGUCCAAUAAAUUAAACAGUUCUGUCUUAUUUUACGAAAAUAGUUGUUAGAUGUCAUGUAUAUAUAUUUUUCUGUUCAAGAUUAAUAAAUUAUGUUUCAUCUAAGAAUUAGACCGGUUUGCAUAUCGCCGUCUUUUCCUCAUCCUAUUUGUAAGGUGAAAAAUACGGAUACAUUACAGAAAGACAAUAUAUGUAGUUUAUGUGCUUUAGGUAUAUAUUGAUAUAUACCGACUAAUUAUUUCCAAAAACAAUAUAAAUUCUUGUUCAUUUCGUUCUUUAAUGAACCAAACAUUCUACAUAUUUUUCUUCUGAUAAUUAUCUCUUUAAGCUUUUCGAUGCACAUUAAUUUAAAAGAUCUGACUACCAUGGCCCGAAGAGAAAGCCGGAAAGUCAUAGUAGUAGAAAAAUGUUGUUUCGGAAUUGAUCAUCGACAUUUAACUUCAAAUUUAAAACCUUUUUCCAGGACUGAUUGAGAAGCUUACCCAAUUACACACCAAAAUUAUGCUUUUUUCGUGUGUUCAACAGUGAUAAAGGCAGCUCGAUAUAUUAAUAAAUCUGAGGUGCAUUUUGUUGAAAAAUAUUUCAACAUAAUGUUCAAAUUCUGUACUUAAAGGCCGCGUGAUAAGGGGAGAAGUAUACUGUCUAAUUAAUGAUAUUCUAAUUGUUUAACCUGGCAGAUUAUGAAUUAAAUUAAUCAUGAUACUCUCUUCUCAAACAAAUUACUCUCUUCUCAAACAAAUUCGUUCUAAAACUGCCUUCAUUGAUACAAUUCCGUCAUAUCUAAGACCUAUUUAUGACUUGCAAUAUUUAGCAUCUCUGACUGUUAGUGGAGCAAUGCAUUUAUCAUCAAGAGUAAAAGUGUUUAAAAUUUUAGGUUGGAUUCCGUUAGAACACAUCUAUGCAAUUAACAAAAUAAUUCUUUUCUUCAAAAUAAAAAAUGGUCUCACAUCCACUUUUCUCUCUACACGUAUUCCUAAACAACCAAUUGUUACAACAUCUUUACGCUCAAGAGAGAGAGGUCAAGUAAACGUAUUUCGUACUCGCACAGAAAAAUUCAAAAACACUUUUUUUCCUUGGGUUGUGAGACAAUGGAAUAUAUUGCCUGUCGAACUGCAAAACA